AUGGCCGCCGAGAAGCCCGAGAAGAAGGAGAAGAAGGACAAGAAGCGAUCCGUGUCCGACGGAGGCGUCAAGAAGGACAAGAAGGAUAAGAAGGACAAGAAGGACAAGAAGGAGAAGCUCGAGCGCGCCCUCGACGAGCACCUCCAGGCCGACGUUGCCGCCACCGCCGUCGCCUCCGGCGAUGUCUCCUCCAAGACUGCCGACGGCCUUCCCGUCGUCGGCGCCCUCGUGCCCUUCGCCGUGCCAUUGGCCGACGAGAAGAACAUGAAGAAGGUCAUGAAGUCCAUCCGCAAGGCCGCCAAGAACAACACCCUCAAGCGCGGCGUGAAGGAGGUCGUCAAGACCCUCCGCAAGUCCCCCGCCUCCGGGCCCAGCAACACCGCCUUCCCCGGCGUGGUCAUCAUCGCCGGCGACAUCUCCCCCAUGGACGUCAUCUCCCACAUCCCCGUGCUCUGCGAGGACCACAACGUGCCCUACAUCUUCGUCACCUCGCGCGCCGAGCUCGGCGCCGCCGCCAAGACGAAGCGCCCGACCUCCGUCGUCAUGGUCACCGAGAAGCGCUCCGCCGCCGACGCCAAGAAGGCCGAGAAGAAGUCCGCCGGCGACGAUGCCGAGGAGGACGACGGCGAGGACUACUCCGAGGUCUACUCUGCCCUGGUCAAGCUCGUGCAGAAGGAGACGGCCAAGCAGUCUUUCUGGUCCUAA